GGAAGUUUCUUUAAGUCCCUUAAGUGAAGAAAAAGGCGAUCUUUUCUUACUACGAAAGUAUUUUUUCGUCAUCACGAAGCGUAGCUUUCGUUUGUCUUCUUGACGCCAACUGGGAUUUUGUGAUUUCUUUUUGAAGACAAAUAGUAGCUCAUUUAAUUUAGGAAGGACAAGCUUUUUGGUUUUUAAUAGACUAGAGAUAGGUAAUUUUAACAAACUUUAAUUUUGGUUGGGGAUCUUGACCAUAUCUUCACUCAAGAGUCAAGAAAAAUUAAGAAAUAUUGAAAAAUGCCUUGAUUUUGACUCAAACGAUUUCUAAGACUAACUAAAGUAGAGAAUUUAAUUUUUUUUAUUUUUUUAGUCAAAUAAAAUGUCAGACAAUUCUGACAAUAAACAACAUAUAAUGGGCGUAAUUGAAGAAGAAUAUUCAAAAGAAUCAAGUUUGGGCGAUAUGCUUGCUGAAGAGAAGCGAACAACUGCUGAGGAUCAGCUUUCGAUGUUUAACCGGGCUGCUGAGAUAUUUUCACAAAACCGUCAAGAUGAGGAAGGAUUUUUUGAUGAUGCUUUGGAUAGUCGGAAGAAACGAAAAAUUGAUAAAAUUGAUUCUCAACAACGCCAAACAAUGAUAAAAGAGCACAAAUUUGUGGAACGAACACUCGAUUCUUGUUCAAAAUGCAUUGAAAGUCGGCUUUUUGAAAAACAUGCAGUUAUUGCUACUGGAAAAAAGACUUAUUUGUCUGUUAUCAAUUGGGAUGGACUUUCUCCAGAACAUUGUUAUAUAACAACAAUGGAGCAUUAUUCAAGUUCUUUGGUGUUAGAUGAGGAUGUUUGGGAAGAAAUACAAUUUUGGAUGAAAAGUUUGGUGAAUAUGUGGAGAGAAGAUGAGGAAGACCAAGAUUGUGUUUUCUUUGAAAAUGCUAGGGAUAUACACGAACAAAAACAUAUGUCUAUUGAAUGUGUUCCAUUACCAAGAGAAAUUGGUGAUUUGUCUCCUAUAUAUUUUAAGAAAGCAAUAAUGGAAUCAGAAAAGGAAUGGAGUGUAAACAAAAAAUUAAUUGAUCUUUCCAAAAAUCCAAGACAAAGUCAAGGUGUUCGUGGUUUAGUGCCUAAAGGUUUCCCCUACUUUGCUGUCUAUUUUGGAUUGCAACCUGGAUAUGCCCACGUUAUUGAGAAGGAGAAAAAUUUUCCCGCUAAUUUUGCUCAGGAAAUAAUUGGUGGAAUGCUUGAUUUACACUACAAGCAUUGGAAAAAUCCGAAAAAGCAGUCUUUUAAUGAAAUUAAAAUUAAACGAGAACAAUUACGUCAAAAAUUUUCAAAAUAUGAUUGGACAGAAAAUAAAAGUUUGUCAGAUAAUGAAAAAGAAGAAGAAAAAAAUUAAUAAAAUUUAUAUAUUUCAAUUUUAUAUAUUUAUUUUUAAAAUCAGGUAAAAAUUAUUUUUGGUAAAUCCUUAUUAUUUUUAUUUAUUGGGGUGACAAUUCACCACCCAGAAUAAUAGACUUUGCUACGCGGUUCUGUUAUGAUUCUGAUUUAAUUAAAAAUAUUCUGAUUUUGUUCUGAUAAUAUUUUAAACAAAUUCUGAUUAUAUUCUGAUUAGUUUCUGAUAUUUAUUCGUUAAUUCUGACCAAUUCUGAUUUUCUGAUGCAAUUCUGAUUUUAUUUUUUGUUCUGAUUUAUUCUGAUUUAAUUUCGACAUGUUCUGAUUUUAUUCUAAUAUAAUUCUGAUAUAUAUUCUGACAUAUUCCGCCUUAAUUCUGAUAGAAUUCUGAUUUUUUUGGAUAAUAUUCUGAUCGCAUCAAUUUCCUAAUUCUGGUUAUUUUCUCUUUUAAUUCUGUUUUUAAGACAGUGUUAUAUUUAAAGGGAACACUAUAAUUUCGUCAUGUCUCUCUAAUUCCAUUCCCCCCUUUAAAAAAAUUUUUUUUGUCGGCCAAUUCUUAAUUGAAAAAAAAAUUAAAAAGAAGCCCUUUUUAUAC